AUGUUCUCUCCGGCAUUGAGGACAAACCGCGCUGCUCCGCUGCGGAGUCUCGCCUUCUCGAGGGCCGUGAUUGCGAAGAGAGCAGUUACCACCGAUGCAGCGAGCGCGCAUGCUGAUAAGGAUGCUGUUCCGGAGGAGGAUAACAAGCCCUUCACAGUGCACCUCUCCGACGAGAGCUUCGAAACCUACGAGAUUGACCCUCCCCCGUACACCCUCGAGACUACGAAGAAGGAGUUGAAGAAGAUGUAUUACGACAUGGUUUCGACCCGCCGCAUGGAAAUGGCCGCCGACAGACUCUACAAGGAGAAGAAGAUCCGCGGUUUCUGCCAUCUCUCCACCGGCCAGGAAGCCGUUGCCACCGGUAUCGAGCACGCCCUGACCAAGGAGGACGAUGUCAUCACAGCUUACCGCUGCCACGGCUACGCUCUCAUGCGUGGCGCCACCGUCAAGAGCAUUAUCGGCGAGUUGCUGGGCCGCCGCGAGGGCAUCGCUUACGGAAAGGGUGGCUCCAUGCACAUGUUCGCCAAGGGCUUCUACGGCGGGAACGGUAUCGUCGGUGCCCAGGUCCCGGUCGGUGCCGGGUUGGCCUUUGCGCACAAGUACAACGGCAACAAGAAUACGAGCGUGGUGUUGUAUGGUGACGGUGCCAGUAACCAGGGUCAGGUGUUUGAGGCUUUCAACAUGGCCAAGCUGUGGAACUUGCCAGUCUUGUUCGGUUGCGAGAACAACAAAUACGGCAUGGGUACAGCAGCCAACCGCUCCUCCGCCCUAACCGACUACUACAAGCGUGGCCAGUACAUCGCCGGACUCAAGGUAAACGGCAUGGACGUCCUCGCUGUCAAGGCCGCCGUGGCCUACGCCCGCGCCUUCGCCACCUCCGGUAACGGGCCCCUCGUCCUCGAAUACGUCACCUACCGCUACGGAGGACACUCCAUGUCCGACCCGGGUACCACCUACCGCACACGCGAGGAGAUUCAGCGCAUGCGCUCCACGCAGGACCCAAUCGCCGGCCUCAAGCAGAAGCUGAUUGAGUGGAACGUGGUCAGUGAGGAGGAGCUGAAGCGCAUCGACAAGGAAGCCCGAGCGGAUGUUGACGCGCAGGUGAAGGAGGCCGAGGCCAUGCCGCCGCCGGAGCCGACGUCCAAGAAUCUAUUCGAGGAUAUCUAUGUUCGGGGGAGCGAGCCACAGUUUAUGAGAGGACGGACGCUGGAGGAGAAUUACUACUACUAG